CGAAAUUAUUUGUUUCGUGACUGUCGACGGUGUUAAAAAACCUUGAUCAGUCGCAAUGGCCCAAACUUUCUUCUUUUUAGUUCGGUAUUGAUAAUUUCCAUAUAAAGGCAUAGGUCUCAAUAAAAGUGACUUGUAGUAUGAUCAAAGAACCAAAUAAAUUCUCGUAUAAAAAAGCAGGAAAAUUCGCGAAAUAUUUUUUGUAUUUUGAAAUUGCUGUUAUAGGUAUUUCGUACGCACUGUGGCACCGCAUUAAUACAUCACAAGAUUUUCGUUAUUACUUAUACAAUAAUUAUCCUAAAGUACUAGAAGGAUAUUAUCAUAUAGGAGAAAAAAUUUCUAAAUCAAGAUACAUCAGGGAACAAGACUUGUUGACUUGGAUUAGAAACCGACACAGCUGAAUGAUUUUUUCUUUGCUUUAUGGCUUUUAUAAAAUCAAUUGUACUCCUGAUUGGCGGGACUGGUGUAGCUUAUGCUUUAAUGAAAGUUGUCACUCCAAAUGAAGCAGAUAUUAUAAAGGAUUUUCCAAAGCCUACAAUAGAUAAUUAUCGACCAUUUUUGAAAAAAUCUGAACAAUUCUUGAAAAAUAAAGAAGCCGAAGCUUUGAAAGCUCAGCAAGCAAAAGAAUUGUCGUCAGAAAAAUAACAUUUAAUAACAAAAAUGGAGUCUUCUGAAGUUAUUGGAGGAAACCUACCGGAGCGAAUUACAAAAAGACAUCGUGAGCGAAAAAAUGUGAUUGAAAAGAAACGUGAAGAAAAGCAACAGUUAACUGUAGAUUCAGAGCAAUUAAGUUAUUUUCAAGAUGCAUUUUAUGCAUCUUGUAAUAAAGUCAAAGAAAUGCUCGAUUCAGCAGUAUCAACUCAAUCUUCAUCGUUACCUGGACUUUUUGAUAAAGUCAAUAAAGAAAUACUGACACUUUGGAAUUAUUUAUCACAAUCUAAAAUAUUUUUAACAAUGUACGAUGUAAGAAAAGCUCAAGAAACUCUUCAACAUUUAGAAACAGAGGCAGCAGAGUUAGAAUUGAAACUAAUACCGAAGAAGAAGUUUGGUUUUAAAAACCGAAGAGCUGUGAAAAAACCAUCAGAAAAGAGUUUAGAUGUCACUGAUGGUUUAAAGGAUAUGAACUUAUCGGAUGGUAUAACAAACGGAGCAAUUAAACAGCAGAAAGAGUUAAUGAGUAAGUACCCAGACAAUGCAAGUACUUUAAUAGGGAAAAUCGAUGAGCAAGUUACUUUAGAUGCUGAAAAUGUCAACAAAAAUGAUGUUUUAUUGUCCGAUUUAACCCGAUGUACUGUAAGGAUAUAUGGAGCACCAAGUACCUUACAUAUGGUUAAUCUCAAACAAUGUACCAUCUUGAUUGGCCCAGUUUCAGCGUCAGUAUUCGCUCAUAACUGUGAACAGUGUACAUUCGCAUUCGCUUGUCAGCAGUUUCGUCUGCAUUCGUCGACAGAUUGCACAAUUUACCUCCACGUGACGAGUAGAGCAAUAAUAGAGGAUUGUAGUAAGAUAAAAGUCGCUCCUUACAACUGGGUUUAUGAAGAUCAGGCUAGCCAUUUUAAUCUAGCUGGUCUUGAUACUAAAACAAAUAACUGGGAUUCCGUUGAUGACUUCAAUUGGCUUUCUUAUGAGAAACAUUCGCCCAACUGGACAAUUCUAAAGCCAGAACUCAGGGUUAAAAGUUGGGAUUGAUUUUACACCUCGACCUGAUAAUUGGGAUUGACUUGAGUGAUUUGGAGAACGAGUAUCUACUAGAUAGUCAUCUCCACUCUUCGUCUAAGAUAGUUUAUAGUAAUUAAUUUACUCAUGUCAAGUGUUUUGCUCGUGUAUUUCGCUUUUCCAUUAUAAUAAAUGCAUGUAAUCUUUAAAUAA